AUGUCGACCAAUAGCUCCUUUCCCGGGAUCAACAAUAGCACGCUCCCUAAUCAGCUGCCAGGCAAUGGCAAUGGCCUCUCUGCAGCCGUGUACUAUGGUGCCGUCGCCGUCGCUGUCUUUGUCAUCGCCGCCAUCACCAUCGCAUCGAGGAUAAUCUACGCGCGUAAAGUGCGCGCUCGAACGAGGCGGGACAUCAACCUCGAGCGGAUAGACCAAUCACGACGUGGCGAAGCAGACGGUCUGCCUACCUAUCGCGAGACGACACACAACCUCGCAGGCACCCAGCCCCUACCGGCCACAGGCGUCGAUGCCAACGCACACGUACUCGCAGAGGAUGUCGAUGUCAACGGCAACCCGGUCUCGCCCGCCGCGCAGCACUCGCACUUUCAUUUCCACUUCCCCAGUCUACCUGCCGCCCUACACAUCCGGCCCAGACUCAACAGGCACGCUACAGACGUCAGCGAUGCACGAUCUGUGCACAACGCUCCUCCAGCCUAUGCGGGACCCGACGCGCCCAAGUACGAGGAAGGCGAACGCCCUGCCGUGCCAAGCUCGGGUCACACGGACACGACGACACCCAGCGGCGCACGUGCGGACGAUCUCGAGAUGGGCGAGAUGACGCAACCGAGUUUGCCCCCCGCGAUCGACAUUGCCAUCACACCGCCUGCCGAGCCAGACAGUGCAUACACUGCCGCGCUUGAUCAUGCCACACUGGGAUCAGAGCCAGCCUUUGUGGAGCCUUUCUUACAUCCAGAGGAACUACGACGCAACCAGCGGGAUAUAGCAGCAAGAGGCCGAUCGAGCUAA